AAAGAAAUCUUUUUUUAAAAAAUAAAUAAAAAUCUAAAAAUGAAAACCAUUUUUUUCCCAUUCCGUUGUCUAUAUAAAGCACAUUAUCCCACGCAUUUAAUUUGCCUCACUUGCAAAGCUCUUCUUCUUCUUCCUUUAUCACUCUCUCCAUUUUAAUAAAUUUUCUAAUUCAUGGCAUCCGCCAUGACAUGCUCAGCUGCCGACCUCCUCCCUCAUCUCGGCAGCUCAGCUAAUGCCACAGCGGCAGCAGAAUUCAUCUGCGGCCACUUCACGGCAGUGUCAGAGUACCUCUCAAACACCACCUACGCAGUGGACAGCACUUAUCUCCUCUUUUCAGCUUACCUCGUUUUCGCCAUGCAGUUGGGAUUUGCCAUGUUGUGCGCGGGCUCUGUCCGCGCCAAGAACACCAUGAAUAUAAUGCUUACGAAUGUGCUUGAUGCCGCUGCUGGUGGCUUGUCUUAUUACCUAUUUGGUUUUGCCUUUGCCUUUGGAGCUCCUUCCAAUGGUUUCAUUGGCAAACAUUUCUUUGGAUUGAAGGAGUUUCCUUCACAAUCUUUUGACUAUAGCUACUUUCUUUAUCAAUGGGCCUUCGCCAUAGCUGCUGCAGGUAUCACGAGUGGGUCCAUAGCGGAAAGGACACAAUUUGUGGCGUACCUCAUUUAUUCAUCUUUUUUGACCGGUUUUGUGUACCCAAUCGUUUCACACUGGUUCUGGUCCGGUGAUGGUUGGGCCAGUGCAUCAAAAACCGACGGAAACUUAUUAUUCGGUUCAGGCGUUAUUGACUUUGCCGGUUCAGGUGUUGUUCAUAUGGUUGGUGGCAUUGCCGGUCUAUGGGGUGCUUUUAUUGAAGGACCCAGAAUCGGCCGGUUCGAUCGGACUGGCCGGUCUGUUGCUUUAAGAGGUCAUAGUGCUUCACUAGUUGUAUUGGGUACUUUCUUGCUUUGGUUCGGUUGGUACGGUUUUAACCCCGGUUCAUUUUUAACCAUACUUAAAUCAUAUGAUCAUAGUACAAGGGGUUCUUAUUAUGGUCAGUGGAGUGCGAUCGGUAGGACAGCUGUCACAACCACAUUGGCUGGUUGUACAGCUGCACUGACAACGUUAUUUGGUAAGAGACUUUUAGUGGGACAUUGGAAUGUGGUUGAUGUUUGUAACGGUUUAUUAGGGGGAUUUGCAGCAGUUACUUCAGGUUGUGCAGUUGUUGAGCCAUGGGCAGCUAUUGUUUGUGGAUUUGUAGCAGCUUGGGUCUUAAUUGGUUUUAAUAAAUUGGCAGCCAAAUUAAAAUACGACGAUCCGCUAGAAGCAGCACAACUUCAUGGUGGUUGUGGUUCAUGGGGCAUAAUAUUCACUGGAUUAUUCGCGAAAAAAGAGUAUGUUAAUGAAGUAUAUCCAGGAUUUCCUAAUAGACCAUAUGGAUUGUUUAUGGGAGGUGGUGGGAAAUUAUUAGGUGCACAAAUAAUACAGCUUGUUGUGAUUAUUGGAUGGGUGAGUGUGACAAUGGGACCAUUGUUUUAUUUGUUACAUAAGUUUAAGUUGUUGAGAAUAUCGCGCGAAGAUGAAACAGCAGGGAUGGAUUUAACAAGACAUGGAGGAUUUGCGUAUAUAUAUCAUGAUGAAGAUGAAGGUUCUUCUAUGCCUGGAUUCAAGAUGACAAGAAUUGAACCAACUAAUACUCCUACACCUGAUCAUCAUCACAAUAGAUCUGUCAAUGUGGUUGUGUAACAAACAAACAAAUAAAUAAAAUCUUACUAGUGUUCAAUUAUAGGAUGGUCGCUCCAUAAUUAAGUAAAGGUCAAAUCUCAAAGUGCUUUAAUAAUGGCAUAUUAUUGACUUCUUGACAGGCUAUAUAUAUGUUACAAAAAUUCCCAAAUAGUUUUGAC